GGAAGUACAGGGGUUGUAGUUUUUCUGGAGUCCGCGUGCUUCGUGUCUCCGCGAGUUUGAGUAAAAAAAACCAAAAAAAACACAACAACUUUGAUACGGAACUUUUUAUCCUCGGGACGAGAGCGACGGAGCGCGAGACGUUCACGGUGUCAUGGCCCCGCCCCUGGAGCCCUCAGACUCCUCCCCUUUCACCAAACAUAAGAAAAAGAAAAAAAAGAGUGAAAAAAGAGACGAGGAAAGGAGACGAGGAGAUGAGGAAACGAGCCGAGGAGACGAGGAAACGAGCCAAGGAGACGAGGAAACGAGCCAAGGAGACGAGGAAACGAGCCAAGGAGACGAGGAAACGAGCCAAGGAAGUAAGGACGUGAAAAAGAAGAGGAAGAAGCGAAUGAGCGCAGCACAGACGGAGGUCGAGGAGACCAGCGGAGAAGGAAACGGGGAGAGGAAGCAAGGAGACGAAGGGAGGGACCAAGGAGAUGAGGAGAUGAGGAAAAAGAAAAAGAGGAGGAGAGAGAAUGGGACGCAGCCGGAGGAAACGACACAAGGAAACAAGACGAGGAGGAAGGAGGGAAGGAAACGAAACAAGGAAACUCCACGGAGAAACAGAGCGCGGCCUAGAGAAAGUGAAGUGGACGACAUGAACGACACAGAGCAGGAAAUACAGGUCUCGAGCUCAGAUGUUCUGGAGUUGGAGGAGUUCAUUCCCGACAUCUCCAGAAAAUCUCCAGAAGUGAAACAGAAAAUGAUCAGAUACGACCUCCCGCGAUUCAGAGAGUUUAAGAAGAAAGGUCUGAAGCUGCGUUGGGGGAAGUACUCUGUGGAGGAGAACCUUCAGAUCAGGAGGAACGUGGAGAACUUCAUGAAGCUGACGCAGAUCCAGUAGGGCGUCCCGGGCUGAGUCCCCGGUCUGAGUCCCCGGUCUGGUUCUUGUUUUUCAGCUGAUGGUUUGUUGAGAACGUGUGAACAGGUUUACAACCGCAGUAAGAAGCUCUAUGACCCAAGAAACCACCUGGGCAGGUUCUCUGAGGAAGAGGUUGAGACUCUGCAGAAGCUCCAAGCGAUUCACGGCAACGACUGGAAAACCAUCGGCAACAAACUGGAACGCAGCUUCUAUGCCUGCGAGAAGCGCCACGCCCAGACAGGAGGGAACCGUGGGCCCUGGACUCCGGAAGAAUUGCACCGACUCAAAAAAGCCACCAAGAAACACCUCAAACGAGUCCUCAAGUCCUCCACGAGUCCUGCUCCAGAUCCUGGUCCAGAUCCGAGUCCCGGUCCAGAUCUGGGUCCGUCUUUCAUCCAGCUCUGCUCCAAAAUGCCCUGGAGGAAGAUCAGCCAGAAAGUCCAGACUCGCUCCUGGCUCCAGUGUCGAAUCAAAUGGUUUCUGUAUCUGAAGUCUAGACUCAAAGCCUCAGGACCCAAACUGAUUCAAGAAACGUCCAAACACACCAGAGUCCGACUGAUCCAGACUCUGUACGAGCUGCAGGUGGAGGACGUGUCAGAUGUCGACUGGAUCCAGGUGGCCAAGUCUGUGGGGGGGGUGACUCCCAUAUGUGUGCAGAGGCUCUUCCAUCGGAUGAAAGUUUCUCGGAUCCCGAACUCGACUCAACUCUCCUUUGGAGACAUGGUGGACUAUCUGUUUGAGAACGAACUGCCGCUGCUCCUGAAGAAACUCAAGUCCCCUCCGAGUCCAGGACCAGGACCAGGACCGACCCGGUUCAGUCUGGACUAUCUCUUCCCCCCCGACCAGGAGGAGGACUACACGGAGGUGGACAACAGCUGAGAGCCACAGGAGCUUCUACAGCACGACUCUUCUGAACGAGAAACAGACUCAAGAGUCAAGUUUGAACUCUUGCGUUUACCGUGUUUUUCAUGACGACUUUGUACCUGGCCUGGUUUAUGGCUCCUGUCUGCACCUGUCUGCACCUGUCUGCACCUGUCUGAGCUGCAGAAUUUUAACUCUGUUUAUCUUCUGGAUCUUCAGAGUCUCAUUUGACUCGAUUAAAGAGGAGGUGACACGACAAUUAUCCAUAAAUACACAAAAACAUGAGACAAACUGAACACAGCGACUGGACAAACCUGAUGUGAAGGGGGAGGGACUUAGCACAGGGAGCAAAGGGAGGGCAGAGUAAGAGCAACAAAAACAAAAGUGAAACUUAUAAAUCAAGUGAAUAUGUUUUGUGUGAAUAUAACAUUUUUAAAAUAAAAUGAACAAAAAGAA